ACUUCUUUACUCAAGUAAAAGUACAAAAGUACAGCUCUGAAAUAUACUCAAAAAGUAGCUGUUUAGAGGAUGUUUCUAUUUUUGUGCAAAGCUAACUGAACCUUGUGCUUUAUUGACAUAAUGAUAAAAUAAGGAACAGCUGUGGUCCACUCUUGAGCUCUGGCAACUUUCACUCAUUCCUGUUCAAGGUGGCAAAGAUCACAGGCUGUUAAGAUCUGCAGACUGAAUUCAUUUCCCCUGACAAUCACUUACUAUGUAUAUCUGUUAGGGGGUGGUAAGUAGGAUGUAUUAUCUACAGUUUGGUGUAUAGUAGGGUGGACACUGGAUGACUAUUUUCCCUCUUGUGCUACAGGCCUACACACUGCUGCUGUCUUGUUGUAGCCUUGUUGUUGCUUUUCAGUCAUUUAUGGACUGGCAUUGUUCCUUGUUUUAUGGUCUUUUUUUUUUUUUUACUCUCAAUUGUUUGUUAUACUUUAAUCAUGCUUUUAAAAGGGAUUGUAUCUUAGAGUGUAUGUUCCUGUUUCUUUUAUGUCUCAUUUACUCAGUAGUUUGGUGUUUUAUGUCUUGUUCUUAUACGUUUUGUUGAUUUUCUUUUAGUGGAGGUAUGGCCGCUUGUUGCGGGGGGCUACGCACUGUCACAGAGAGUAAAAUGACGCAUCCUGCAGAAUGUACUAUCUCAGGUUUACUAGUACUAGGCUUACUAGUACUAUCACACCAGUGAACAUCCAGGGUUUGGACAUUGAAACAGUGGAGUACAACAAAUACCUGGGUGUUCACCUCUAUAACAAACUGGACUGGUCCACAAACACAAAUGCAUUCUGCAAAAAGAGUCUAAGCCGUCUCCACCUGCUACGGCGGCUGAGAUCUUUCGGGGGUGAACAGGACUCUCGGAAGGACGUUUUACGACACUGUGGUGGUGUCCGCUAUUUUUCUAUGCUAUGGUCUGCUGGAGUGGUGGAAUGGCAGAGAGGGACGGGGAUACUUAACAAACUGGUCAUGAUCAUACAAUCCUUGAAAUACACAUUAUGAAUGAAGCAACAUUAGUCAAAGGAAAGAAGCUCCUCCCCUCACGUCAUUCAAAUGCGACAAACCAGGAAACAGGAUGUUCUUCUUCCCUCAUAAAGAGAGACGCGCAGACGAUCAGACAGGUUUCAGACGAAACUGGCAGCUUCCUCUUAGUGAGUCCAGCUACAGGAGACAAAAGUGGAAAACUCCAACACUGCUGCUUCAAGCUGCUGACGCUCCACACACUGAAUCUUCACUCACAGACUCAAUGGCUUCCAGAUCAGAGGAGGAUCUCUGCUGUCCGGUCUGUCAGGAGGUCUUCAGAGAUCCUGUUCUUCUGUCAUGUAGCCACAGCUUCUGUAAAGACUGUCUGAAGAGAUGGUGGAGAGAGAGAACAACACACGAGUGUCCAGUUUGUAAGGAAAUAUCAGUUUAUGAUCCACCUUUAAACCGAGCUUUAAAGAACCUGUGUGAGUCGUUCUUACAGGAGAGAGAUCAGAGAGCUUCAGAGGCUCUCUGCAGUCUGCACUCUGAGAAACUCAAACUCUUCUGUCUGGACCAUCAGCAGCCAGUGUGUGUCGUCUGCAGAGACUCAGAAAAACACACCAAUCACAGAUUCAGACCCAUCGAUGAAGCUGCACAACAACACAAGAAGGAACUUCAGGAAACUCUGGAGUACUUAAAGAAGAGGUUAAGAUUUUGUGAAGAAGCUCAAGUGAAGUUUGAUCAAACAGCAGAACACAUUAAGGUCCAGGCCCGACACACAGAGAGGCAGAUUAAGGAGCAGUUUAAGAAGCUUCACCAGUUUCUAGCAGAGGAAGAGGAGGCCAGGCUGGCUGCACUGAGGGAGGAAGAGGAGCAGAAGAGUGGGAUGAUGAAGGAGAAGAUGGAGGCUCUGAGCAGAGAGAUAGCAGCUCUUUCAGACACAGUCAGAGCCACAGAGGAGGAGCUGAGAGCUGAAGACGUCUCAUUCCUGCACAACUACAAGGCUGCAGUGGAAAGAGUCCAGCGCUGCCCCCUGCUGGAUGAUCCACAGCUGCCCUCAGGAGCUCUGAUAGACCAGGCCAAACACCUGGGCAACCUGACCUUCAACAUCUGGAACAGCAUGAAGGACAUGGUCUCCUACACUCCUCUCAUUCUGGACCCAAACACUGCUCAUCCAAACCUCAUCCUGUCUGAAGAUCUGACCAGUGUGAGACGAGGAGGAGAAGAGAGGCAGCAGCUUCCUGAUAAUCCAGAGAGGUUUGAGAGUUAUGGCUCUGUCCUGGGCUCUGAGGGCUUUAACUCAGGGACUCACAGCUGGGAUGUCGAGGUUGGAGACAGUAAAGGGUGGGGACUGGGUGUGUCAGCAGAGUCUGUGCAGAGGAAGCAGCACAUAUGGGCUGGAUUAUGGGAAAUGGGGUUUGGUUCAGGUAAAUAUUCAGCAUGGUCACCAUCAUCGUUUACGGAUCUCUCUGUAGAGAAGAAGCUCCAGAGGAUCAGAGUGAAUCUGGACUGGAACAGAGGAAAGCUGUCGUUCUCUGAUCCUGAUACUAACACACACAUACACACCUUCACACACACUUUCACUCACAGGAUGUUUCCAUUCAUUGAAACUGAUGGUAAAGUGAAGGUGUGUCCGUUGAAGGUGUCAGUGUCAGUGGAGCAGAUGAGUUGAGGAUGAUGAUAUUUCUAAUGUUGUUUCCUGUCAGUGAAUUGAAGCUGUUAAACUGCAGCUGUCCUCCUGCUGCCUCGUUGUUCCAAAGCUCUUUGUUUCUCUUUUAGUUCUCACUGUUU